AAAAAAAGGGUCAAACGGGGUUCUGGAACCCUUUUCUCCGCUGAUCCACUCUCCAGUUCUUCUCCCAUCUCCUUCUUUCUCUCCAAACCAAAACGGAAACCCUAGCCUCACCGCCGACCGCCGCAAGCCGCAAGGAGUGAGUCACCGCCGCCAUCCGUCGCAGUCAGGGGAAGCACAGAAGCCUCUCCUCCCAAACCCUAGAUCCCCUUCACCAGUUCUCCCAGCCCUAGCCUCACUGCCAUAUCACCUCCGCCGUCUCAACUACUCGAAGCUGCCGUCCCUACUGCUUCUCGUCUCGCGUGGUUCCUCCGUCGCGCAGCCGCUGUUCCGCUGCGCCGGCUCUGCUCCUCUGCUCCAGUUCCGCCGCGCACCACUCUCCUGGGCUCCAGUUCCGCGGUGGUCCAGGCCACCUCUUCUCUAGUUCUGCCGCGUCCAGCCUUCCGUCGUGCUCCCUCACCUCUGUGCCCUAGAAGAGAAGUUGAAUUACGGUUGAAGCGAUGGGACCAGUGAAUUAGUAGCUAGAGUGGUUCGAUGACUGGUCCGGUUUCCAAACCUUGCUGAGGUGAUGCUUAUGCACACAGAAAGAAUGAAGCAAUCAAAGGAUCCGUUUGAAGCAGCGUUUGAGGAGCAAGAGGAUUCUCCGCCUGAAUCCCCAGCUGACACCGCUGUGGACGCACAGCAAAACCCUAAUUCUUCAAUUGUAGCUCAUAAUUCUCAAUCCCAACCUCAAGACCAGCUCCAGCUCCCUCAUGACGACAAUGCCAAAAAGGGUGCUUCCCAAUUCACCCCUCUCAGUGGCAGUGGCCGUACUAAUGCUAGUUCCAGUGGUCCCUUCACUGCCACCACUGGAGCUGGUGGUUCUGGCACUGGGAUGAAGAGCAAAGAAGAGGAGGAGGAAGAGGAGGAGGAGAACAUGGAUGUUGAGCUCGGAAAGUUCCCUUCGAGUGGCGAUCCUGAUAAGAUGGCCAAGAUGCAGGCUAUAUUGUCACAAUUCACUGAGGAACAGAUGAGCAGAUACGAGUCAUUCCGCAGGGCUGGAUUUCAGAAAUCUAACAUGAAAAGAUUAUUAGCAAGCAUCACUGGGACACAGAAAAUUUCCGUGCCGAUGACGAUUGUAGUAUCCGGGAUUGCAAAAAUGUUUGUUGGUGAAGUUGUUGAAACAGCUAGAAUAGUCAUGCAAGAGAGGAAGGAAUCUGGACCAAUUCGUCCAUGUCACUUGAGAGAAGCAUAUAGACGAUUAAAGCUUGAAGGAAAAGUAUUUAAAAGACCAAUGUCGAGGCUCUUCCGGUAAAUGUAUGAAUUGUGAAUGUAGUGGAUGAUGUCACUGGUUUGCAGCAGUGUCUUGUAGGAAGAUUUGGUACUCACUACUUACUACCUUCGAGGCCCCAUAUUCUUGCAUCCUGUUAUCUGUUACUGUUUGUAGGUAAAUUUGGAAUACUUUCCCAUUCCUUUCUCAAAUAUUAAAUUUGUGAACACAAUAAUUAUAGGCCUCAACAUCUGUUCUAUUUC